AUGUUCAUCUCCGUCGGCGACCUGAAGAGCGCGAUCGUGGACAAGAAAGGGUUGGGCCGCGACCAAGCGUGCGAGCUGCUCCUGACGAACGCGCAGACGGACGAAGACUACGCCGACGACGCGGUUCUCGUGUGGAAAAACACGUCCGUGAUCGUGAAGCGCGUGCCGUCGCUUCGGUUAAACUCCGUCGGGACGGAGACGGGGAGCACGACGCAGAAACAGGUCGUGUACGUGCGCCCGCCGGACGAGGCGACCCUGCGCGAGCAGCCGCGGAUGCCGCGGCGGCAGUACCCGCCGCAGCACUCGAUGACGUGGACAGCCCCUGGGGUCGGCGGCGCGGACGCCGCGGCGGCUCCCGACGCCGCCGUGGACUCGUCCAUCGCCGCGCUCGUCAGCGGCGCGGCGUCCGCGUGGGAGUCGGAGAAGACCGCCGCGUACGAGGCCGGGCGCGCGGGCAGAGGCGGGAGAGGCGGGAGAGGCGGGAGAGGCGACGGCGGCGGGAGAGGCAUGGGCCGAGGCGGAGGGAGAGGCGACAUGGGCGGGCCGCCGCCGCCAGGGUACGUCUGCUUCCGAUGCAGCGUCCCCGGGCACUGGAUCCAGAACUGUCCCACGAACGGGGACGCGCAGACGGACGUGAUUCGCAUGAAAACCGCGUACGGGAUCCCGCAGAACCGCUUGGAGCACUCGGAGACGGGCGUGCUCGUCGCGCCGACCGGGGAGAGCAGCGAACUCGUCGCGGACGACGACGAGUUUUCGCGCAUGAUGGGGUUUCUGACGGACCGGGAGAAGAAGAACGACGCCCCCGCGCUGCCCGCGCCCGGGGACGAGAACGGCGACGGCGGUGGCGCCGUCGAGGCGCUGCCCGCGCCCGGGGACGAGGGGAAAGAAGGCGGCGACGGCGGCGAACCGGGGACGGACGCGGCGGAGCCAGCGACGGCGGGGGACGGCGACGGCGGCGACGCGGGGGGAGGCGACGCCGACGGAGGCGACGGCGCGGCCCCGCCGCUGCCUCCCGGGGCGCCCCCGCCCGACGCACAGAUGCGCGGGCCUAUGAUGGGCCGAGGCGGCCCGAUGAUGGGGCGCGGGAUGGGAGGCAUGGGAAUGGGCAUGGGCAUGGGCAUGGGAGGCAUGGGCAUGCCGGGCAUCAUGGGGAUGAUGGGCAUGCCCGGGAUGAUGGGGAUGCCCGGGAUGAUGGGCAUGGGAAUGCCCGGGAUGAUGGGGAUGGGGAUGCCCGGGAUGAUGGGCAUGGGGAUGGGGAUGGGCGGUCCCGGGGGAGGGCGAGGCCGCGGCCGCGGCGGCGCGCAGCAAGAGAAAGCGCCCACUGGAGUCGGAGAGGUCACCAGGAAGGUCGUCAUCCGCAGGCGCAAAAACGGCCCCACCGGCGGCGGAGGCAGAAGGGAGGAUAGCCCCGAGAAGGAACGCCGUGAUAGCCCCGAGAAGGAAGGCGGCGAUGGCGACGGCGGCGGCGACGGCGGCGGCGAGGAAAAGAAAGAACAGGACGGCGACCACGACGACGACGGGAGACGCGGUCGAGACGACGACGACGACGGCGACGGGUCCGAUUCCGAGGGCCACCACCGAAGGCGCGGGUCGAGAAAAGAGAGAGACGACGACGCCGUGGAGGAUAAGGACGGCGGCGACGACGACAGAGACGGCGGCGACCGCGACAAGGACGAACGUCCCGCGCCCGUGGUGCGCCGCGUCGUCGUCGCCCGGCCGAGAAGCGGCAAGGGUUCCGGCGGCGGCGGCGACGGCGGGAGAGGACGCGACCAGGACCGCGACCGCGACGGACCGAGACGCGUCGUCGUCGUUCGGAAACGAGGACGAGACGGCGGCGGCGGCGCGGGGGGGGGGGGAGGCGGUUCGCCCGACGAAGGCGGCGGCGGCAAGAAAGCGAAAAAGCGCAGCGGUCGCAGGCGCGGCGGAGGAGGAGGAGGAGGAGGAGGAAUCCUCUCGCGCCUCGGAAAGUAAUUAUCGCAGAAUAGACGCGCGCGGCGAGCGAAAGCAUGCUCGCCGCGCUUAGGCAUCCAGCACGUGUUGUACGCAACUCGGCGUUAGUCACACCGCGACGAACGAAAAUAACGCGCGCUGGAGCCACGUCGAAGAAGCCGCGACGGCGAGGCGAAGCCGACGAAAAAGAAAUCGAGUGAAACGGAAACGCGGAACGAACGAACGAGUAAUACCAUUCAUUU